AUGCUCGGGAGGGCGGGGAACGCGGAAGAGGCAGAGACCGGCGCGGAGGAGGCGGACGUGGAGGAGGCGGACGCGGAGGAGGCGGACGCGGAGCAGUGCGGUUCGGUAUAGUCCCACACGGAGGAGCUCGGCUGCCAGCAGGAGAUGGAGGCUGGGCGGCCGCGGCCGAUGCUGCGCUCAGUGAAUACUCGCGAGCCGUCCCAGGUCAUCUUCUGCAACCGCAGCCCGCGCGUGGUGCUGCCCGUGUGGCUCAACUUCGACGGCGAGCCGCAGCCCUACCCGACGCUGCCCCCCGGCACGGGCCGCCGCAUCCAUAGCUACCGAGGUCAUCUUUGGCUCUUCCGAGAUGCUGGGACAUCUGAUGGGCUCCUAGUUAACCAGACUGAGCUGUUUGUGCCGUCUCUCAAUGUUGAUGGACAGCCUAUUUUUGCAAACAUCACACUGCCAGUGUACACCCUGAAAGAGCGCUGCCUCCAGGUUGUGCGAAGCCUAGUCAAGCCUGAGGAUUACAGGAGACUGGACAUCGCGAGAUCCCUCUACGAAGAUUUGGAGGACCACCCAAAUGUGUGGAAGGACCUGGAGCGGUUGACCCAGGAGCAUAUUGAAAAUCAGCGGAUGGCAGAGGAGACUGACGAUUUUAAUUGAAAUUUACACUCCUGGGUCUCGGCUUUUGACAGUCCUGACAAGUCUUGAUCUAGACCUAGGACUGGUCACUUUUUCUCGGCUUCAAAGUGUCUCAUUCUUGGAGUCAAAAAGCUCCAUUGCUUAAAAGAAAGUUAACUGACCUCACUACUGGGCGCUGUGAUGUUUAAGGGCAAAUAUCACAAAAUGUAAUUUAAUGCCUGUCCCUUCUAGAAGUAUUUAUGAAGGUAAAGUAGUUGCAUUUUUGCCUCCUAGUGCAUCAGGAAAGUUUCUGUGUAAGGACUUUUGUGUAAGUAAUUGAGUGAGAAUUGUAGCUUAUUCUUGAGUUGUAGGAAAGCAGUGACAUCUGCUUUUCAUUCCUGUAUUGUGGUUGGUGAUGUCCCCGCGUCCCGCACUGAGAGACCAAGAUGUCAUUGGGGCAGGGGCAUAGCGGUCUGCUCUUUGAGACUCCAGUGCCUCGCACGUUAUGAGCCUUCCCUCAGUGUUUAUUGAAUGAACAAACCAGUGGCUACUUUGGUAGAAAGUGUUAGAGGUUUUCACCCUUUUUUUGAGGGCGGGUGGUAAUGGGGACCUUAAAGUAUAUACAGUAAACAAAUGUUUUAAAGGGCAUCAAUUUUAUAGAAAGCAGUUUUUAUAAUUUUCUAAGUUGUGGCUUUUCUCUGCCCACUGUUGUCGCAGAGCUGUUUUAUUUCUGUUUCUAAGCCAGGAUUAGCUUUCUACAGUUCUUAUUGAUGAUAGCUUUUUUGAAACUUGCUAUGUGCACAGAAGAUAGGAGAUACUUGUUUAAUCAUAGUAUUAAAGAGCUACUCCUAAAAAAAAAAAAAAAGGGGGGGCUUCCCUGGUGGCAUAGUGGUUGAGAGUCCUCCUGCCGAUGCAGGGGACACGGGUUCGUGCCCCGGUCCGGGAGGAUCCCACAUGCCGCGGAGCAGCUGGGCCCGUGAGCCGUGGCCGCUGAGCCUGCGCGUCCGGAGCCUGUGCUCCACAACGGGGAGAGGCCACAACAGUGAGAGGCCCGUGUACCGCAAAAAAAAAAAAAAAAAAAAAAAGAGCUACUCCUGUACUAUAAAUAGGUUUUUGCCAAAUGUGGGUACUUCUGUUCCUUUUUGUAAAUCCAUGACAUUUUUGUUCGAUUCAGCAAUUUUUCAUCAGUAGGGAUCUGGUGACACUUUGCACCUGCCUGGAGGAGAGGACAAAGCCCUCCAGCCUCUUGGAAGUUACUGCUAACACACUGUGGAUUCAGCGGGUAGCCUGGAAUGUUUUCUAGUUUUAUACAUGUACAGAUCCUUUCCGAUAGACUGGACUUAAAUUCAUUAAAUUCAAUACUUCUAUCAGGCCUCCUUUUUUGGUAGCUAAUUGUUAAAAAAACCAAAAAACUAAAAACAAAACUCUCCAGUAGAGAAAGUGUUGGAAGAGACAGAAAAGUAAAGGAAGAGAAAAGAUCCAAUUAGGUACACUACUUAAAUACAACCACUAACUUAACAUUUUGAACUUUUAGCCUUUUUUUGGCUUGGUUUUACGUAGUAGUUGAGAUCAUACUGAAUAUAAAGUUUUGUAUUCUACGUUCUCAUUUAACUUUAUAACUUAAAUAUUUUUCCAUGGUAUUAUAAGCUCUUCAUAGACAUGAGUGCAGCCUUCCUUUUAUAAAUAACGUUGGGCUAUUUCUUGGCAUCUUUAUUAGUCCCUUUGAGCACAGUUCCUAUGCUCUGAUAUCAGAGUGAAGCGAAUGAAUCGAACGCCGUACAGUUUUCCCACCUAAUCUUAUUCUCCUCUUUCAACAUUCAGCAAGUAAAAUGGGCUUUUUUUUUUUUCUUUAGCCUGUUGUGGUACUCAUUCAGUGACACACCUGUAAUUUUUUAUCUAAUUUUUUUGUCGAAUUGUUGGGUAGGGAAGAAGAAAUGCUGGUACAGAGGCAGCCAUAUGAUUUCGAAAGUGGGAUAGGAUGGGAGAUUUAAGGAAGCCUGCUGGUGCUCAAUUAGUUCAGUGUUGGUUUUAUUAUUUUUUAAACCUGUCUUUGUGUCAAAAUGAGAUUUCAUGUUCCUGUCAAAACUUGCAAUUUGAGUACUGUGUUUUUUGUGUUGUCCAAGGAAGAUUGAAAACCUAUAGCAUGUAUGUACUCAUUUGAAAUCUUAAGAAUGUAUUAAAUGUAUUAAUUUUAAGAAACUGUGAUCUUAUCUAUUUUUGACUUAAAAAAAAAGCUUUUUUGGAUACAUUAAAUGGUGCUAAGUAAAAGAAAUA